AUGAGAGUUCAUCUUUUUGGGGCCACCUCUUCAUCUGGAGUAGCCAAUUUUGCAUUACGUCUCACAGCAGACUUAUUUGAAGCAGAGUGUGGAAAACUGGGCGCUGACUUUGUUUGCCGUAAUUUCUACGUAGAUGAUGGUAUCAAGUCUGUAACGACAGCACAACAAGCAAUACAAUUGUUCAAGGAGAGUACUAGUCUUUGUGGUAAAGAAGGAUUUAAACUUAAUAAUUUGUUAUCCACUAAUAAAGAGGUGUUGACAGCAAUUCCACCUGAGUAUCGUGCCAAAGACAUCCAGUCUUUCAACUUCCUGAAUGAAGAAUUAUCAAUUUCAAGAACUCUAGGUGUUACAUGGUGUGUUGAGAAUGACAUGCUCAGAUUUUGCAUUGAGUUGAAAGAUAAUCCACUCACUCGUAGAGGUAUUAUAUCCACAGUAGCAUCAAUCUUUGACCCAUUGGGUUUCAUCUCGCCAUGCCUCCUAGAAGCAAAAAAGAUAUUGCAGAGUCUUUGUCGGGAUGGACAUCACUGGGAUGAUCCAGUUCCUGAUGAAAUAUGUAUACAGUGA